UACCCUCCAAUUACGGCCCUCCUGUGCUAACACGCUACGAUACUUACUGCCGAACUGUGCUACUCAACUACAGCAGUUCCCAUGAAUUCACGAUACUGCACGACCUAACGAUACCUCUCUCAACCCCGCGAUACCCUACAAACCCCUCCUCGUCCGCCCCCCGACCUGGGUAACGGUCGCCCUUCGCCGCCAUGCUUGAGGGGCUCGUCGCGAACCUGCUCAAUCGGUUCUUGGGCAUGUAUGUCCAGAACUUCGAUCCGAAACAGCUCAAUGUCGGCAUCUGGUCGGGCGACGUCAAGCUGCGAGACCUCGAACUCCGCCGCGAAGCCCUCGAUCAGCUCCACCUGCCUCUGAACGUGGUAGAAGGGCAUCUAGGCCAGCUCACACUGCAAAUACCAUGGUCGAACCUGCGAGGCCAGCCGCUGAAGAUCAACAUCGAGGAUGUCUUCCUCCUGGCCGCUCCGAAGGAGGACGCCGAGUAUGAUGCCGAGGAAGAGGAGCGGAGAGCGCAUGCGGUCAAGAUGGAGAAGCUAGACAGCGCUGAGCUCAUUAAGGAGCGGAAUACCGAAGGUAUGAGUGCCGAGGAGCAGCAGAAGAACCAGAGCUUUACCGCGAGCCUGGUCACGGCGAUCGUGGACAACGUCCAGGUCACAGUCAAGAACAUCCACAUCCGGUACGAAGACUCGAUAUCCGAUCCAGGGCAUCCGUUCGCCCUGGGUAUAACCCUCGCCGACUUCAGCGCCAUCAGCACUGACGACAACUGGAAGCCGACCUUCAUUCAGGGCGGCACGAGCUCGACGCACAAACUGGCAACACUCGGCUCGCUAGCCAUAUAUUGGGAUACCGAUGCCGACCUGAUAGGGACUGGCAAGGGAAGCCAGAGCAAGGAUGAACAAGAGAUUGACCAUCAUGAUUUCAUCGAGAAGGUCCGUGGAAUGAUCGUGAGAGGCGAGAACCCGGAGCUCGGUGACCAUCAAUUCAUCCUCAAGCCCAUUAGCGGCCGCAUGGGCUUGGAAAUAGACAAGACCGGCAAGGCAGACCGCCCGAAGAUGAAAGCCCGCCUGCUGUUCGACGAGCUCGGUUUCAUCAUCGACGAGGAUCAGUAUCGUGACGCGCUCAUGCUCGUCGAUCUCUUCCACUACUUCAUCCGACACCAAGAGUACAAGAAGUUCCAGCCAAAAUCGUCUCCUAAAGAAGAUCCGGCUGGGUGGCUGCGAUUUGCCGGCAAGGCUGUGCUGGACAAGAUCCACGAUCGCAAUCGGCGAUGGAGCUGGGAAUACUUCAAGGAGCGACGAGAUGACCGCAAGCGGUACAUCGAGCUGUUCAAAAAGAAGAAACGAGAAGAGAAGCUCUCUCCAGCAGAGACGGAGGAGAUUGACAAGCUCGAGCGGAAACUCACGUAUGAGGACCUGCGCUUCUGGCGUUCGCUGGCUCGCAACGAGCUACGUAAAGAAAACAUCGGAGUGAAGAAACCGCCGCCCAAGCAGACUUGGAGCUCUUGGGUAUGGGGCUCCAAGCAGGAGAAGAGCGAGGACGACAAUACCCAGAUGAGCGAAGAGCAGCGCAAGGAGCUGUACGACGCGAUCGCCUGGGAUGAGAAGAAGGCUAUCGCAGAGUCAGUGGACAUGCCGAGAGAGUACGUCAAGAUGGAGGUCAACAUGAGCCUGCGCACCGGCAGCUUCACUCUGAAGCGCGAUCCUCACGGCAAAGCGAAUGAGAUACUUCGCCUUCUGUUUGAUUCCUUCAGCACGCAGUUUCUGCAACGCACGGAUUCCAUGUUCGUCAAGGUUGCACUUGAGGGCAUGCGCCUCUAUGAUGGUACAACUGAAGGCAGCCUCUUCCCUCAAAUCAUCACCAUCAAGGAUGCUCCUCCAGUCCCGGAUGAGAAGAGGAUCGAGGAGCUAAACGACGACGAGACCGCUAAAGAAGGUGACGAAGAUGCGGAAGAAGAGGAGAAGGAUGACCCUUUCUUCCAGCUCGCUUUCGAGAAGAACCCACUGGACGGAAGUGCAGACACCGCUCUCACCAUGAAGCUGAAAGGGAUGGAGUUUGUAUAUAACCCGAGGUUCGUCGUGGAGGUCGCCAAGUUCUUCAAGCCGCCUGAGCGCCACAUGGAGUCCAUCGGAGCCCUCAUGGAAACCGCAGGGGCUACCGUUGAAGGCAUUCGACAGCAGACUCGCGCCGGCUUGGAGUUCGCACUCUCGGAGCAUAAAACCAUUAAUGCCCAGCUAGAUCUGCAGGCGCCCUUGAUCAUCAUUCCAGAUUCGGUAACGAAGAAAUCGAGCAACUGCUUGAUUCUUGACGCGGGUCACGCAAGCGUCACGAGCGAGCUGGUGGACAAGGACACCUUGCGCGACAUUCAAUCUAAACAGAAACAACAGUACACCGAAGAGGACUUCCGCAACCUUGAGAACUUGAUGUACGACAAGUUUCUUCUCAAGCUCCACUCAACUCAGGUGCUCAUCGGUCCGUCCAUUGAGGAGACGCGAGCGCAGCUGACGGAGGACGCCGAGACCAAAGAUCUGCACAUCGUUGAUAAGAUCAAUAUGGACUUCAAGAUUGAGAUUUGUAUCGUUCCCAAGGCCUCCGACCUCACCAAGUUCCGCAUAUCCGGCAAUCUUCCUGUUCUGCAUGCGUCAAUAUCGGAUGCCAAGUACAAGAAUCUCAUGAAGCUCAUUGAUGUCGCGAUACCGAAAUUCGACAGCGAUGAGCCGAACAAGCAGGUCGCUGAAGGUGCCAAGGGACCUUCAAACCUGAAGCCCACAAGCGAAGCGAAGCCCAGUGAAGACCCACUCGGUCGGCCCAGGUCGAAGUCAUUCCAAUUCGCUGCGCAGGAACACGAGCUUUUCAUGGAGGAGGAAGGCGAUAGUGACAAACACGGGAACGAGAAUUUCGAAGAGGCUCCGCAUGCGAAGUCAAAAGCUGAUAUCAAUCUGCAUCAGCGCAACUUCGAGUUCAACUUCACCGUUGACAAGCUUCAAGGCUCGCUCUACAAGUCCGACCCCGAGGGCAAGAAGCCAGAUCAGUUGUUGGUCGAGCUGAUUGCAGAACACUUUGACCUCAGCUUCUAUCAAGAGCCUUUCGACAUGUCGGCGGAGGUCAGUCUGAAAAGUCUCGCUGUGGUAGAUCAUGUGGAAGAGAACGCGCUUCCAGAGUUCCGAAACAUCGUUUCCUCAGAAGAUGUUUCGGCGAAAGAACAAAAGGAUCUCUUCUCGUUGAAGUUUGUGAAGGUUAAUAAGGAGUCGCCCGAGUUUCAAACCAAGUACGAGGGCAUCGCCAUGAACCUGGAUGUCGCCGUGUCAACGAUCAAUCUCAUCGUCACAAGGAGGACACUUCUGACACUCCUAGACUUCGUGCUCAUCACCUUCACGAACCCAGGCCAGCCUCAGAAUCAGCAGGGGCAGAUUUCCGAUAAGCCGGAUGAACAACAGCAAGUCCAGAAGCAACCCCAGGCAGACCAAGACAAGAUUCGUAUUCGAGCGGAGCUCAAGCGCAUCGCCGUGAUUCUAAACAACGACGGCAUUCGGCUAGCGACGCUGAGUUUGAACUCUGGAGAUGUCGGCAUCUUCUUGAAUGGCAAGGCUAUGCGCAUCGGAGGACGGCUAGGAAACCUGUCUUUGAUAGACGAUGUAAAUCAGGGUGUCUCCGAGGAAUCACCUCUCCGCCAGCUGGUCACCAUUGAAGGCAAGAACCUCGCGGACUUCAGUUACGAGACUUUUGACAGCGAGUCCAAGAGCUACCCUGGGUAUGACAUGUCGAUCGCGCUUAAGACGGGGUCUAUCAAGAUCAAUUUCCUCACUGAGCCCUUCCGGAAGAUCAUGGAGUUUGCGGUUAAGUUUGGAAAGAUGCAAGCCAUAUUCAACGCUGCGCGACAGGCAGCCGCCAACCAAGCGAACCAGAUUCAGCAGCGGGCCACCAAGAUGCACUUCGAUAUCGUCAUUAGCACGCCUAUCGUUGUCUUCCCGAGGAUGGUAAUAUCGGACAAGCCAGAUAGGGACACUUUGACAGCGAACCUGGGAGAAAUUUAUGCCAAGAACAAGUUCGUGCCAUUGGACGACUCCAAGGACUCGGAUGUAGCGAACAAAAUCUCCGCUGGUAUCAGGCAUAUCAAGCUGACUUCAAAGCUCCACUAUGAGGAGAACCAGUCCGAGGAGCUUGAGCUUAUCGACCAGGUCGAUCUGGACUUCAAUGUCACGAUGGUGGAGCACAAACCUGGGCUCCAGCGACCCGAUCUCGAAAUUGAUGGUUCUAUGUCGGAUAUCAAUCUAAGACUCACGCCAGAGCAGAUGAAGUUCGCAUUAGAGCUCUCUCGGUCGAUCCCAGAGGCAUUCGCAACAGAGCCUGACGAGUCCCUAGAAGAGGAUAUUCAGCAAGAGCUACCGGAUUCAACCACCGAACCUGCCAAGCAAAUUACCGACCAGGAAUCUCCUUCCAAAGAGCCGUCACAGGACGUCGCCGUAGGCCAGGGUCCAGAGCUUCAGACGGACGAGGGCAAAUGGACCAAGCUAGACUUUGUUUUCAAGGUCGGCGCUAUCGGUCUGGAACUCAUCAAGUCCAAAGAAGGAGAGCCUGUUCAGGACAUCGAGGCCGCCAGCCUGUCCAAAUUCUCUCUUAAUGAGACGAACGUCAAGCUCCGCAUGAUCAGUGACGGCGCCUUGGAGGCAGAACUGGUCAUCCAGUCCUUCACCAUCCGGGACAGUCGAACGCAGGGAACAAACAAGUUCCGCAAGAUCAUGUCCCUGAUCAACAACGACGUGAAGCAGCAGUUCAUGGCGAGCAUCUCCAUGUCCGGCGGGCAAGACAAGCAUCUCAUCGCGCUUCUAACAAUCGACAGCCCUAGGAUGAUUCUGGCGCUGGACUACCUAUUUGCCCUGCAGGCUUUCAUCAAUGCCGGACUCGCCACAGAGGAGCCCCUAGCCAUCGAGGACGAAACAGAAGCAGAGGAGCCAGACAGUGAUUCUGAGAUCAUGUCUCCGGAUGGGUCACGCUCGCCCGAAAGGCCCAGUGCGUCUCCUGCACCAGCUGAAGGCGGCAUGAAUGUCUCGUUCCGCGUUAAUCUCGUGGACGCCCAAGUCGUGCUUAUCGCCAAUCCAGCCAUAUCGAGCUCUGAAGCCAUCGUGUUGGGCACGAAGCAGGUCCUUGUCUCAAAGCAGCAAGCCAUGACUUUACAAGUGGAUAAGGUUGGCAUGUUCCUCUGUCGUAUGGAUCGCUUCGAGACGAGCCGGCUGCGCAUUUUGGAUGACUUCAGCAUCCAGACAGCCCUGGAUAUCCGAAAUCAGGGCACGAAGUCGUCGUUAACCAGCAUCAGCGUCGACAUCGAGCCCUUGGUACUCCGAUUGUCUCUUCGAGACAUUUUGCUCGCUAUGCAGAUUGUGAACCGCGCAUCUGCAAUGUCGAGUGGGGACGGCGACAAGAAACUGGCUGGCGAUGAACCUCAGAAGGUCAAGCAGGGGACACCAUCCAAGAAGCCCAAAUCUACUAUGGGCAAGGCUACGUCUUCUAAACCAGCUGCCAAGUCUCUUGCCACCACCAAGCGGUCGAGCCAGCAUGGCGCUCCUCCACAACCGCCUCGGCCGGAGUCUGCUGUCCUCAAGCGAGAAGAGAUGAACGUCAGCAUCGAAGGCAUCCGCGUCGUUCUCAUUGGGGACGUGCAUGAAAUGCCGAUGCUAGAUUGGCGGGUGAAGAAGUUUGGUAUCGAUGUGCGAGACUGGUCAGGGGCCAUGACCGCGGACACCUCUGUCGACACUCUUUUCAACGUCUACAACUUCUCCAAAUCUGCAUGGGAGCCACUGAUCGAACCGUGGCAGCUUGGUUUCCAUAUGUCGAAAGACCAGAAUCCUGACAGGCUCUCCAUGGAGCUAUAUUCGCGCAAGUCGAUGGAGUUGACAGUGACGGCCGCUACGAUAGCCCUAGCCUCGAAGUCAUUUGACUUCCUUACCACUGAGGAAGAUAUCCUUUCGAAACCUCGCGGCAAUGAUGCACCUUACCGGAUACGAAACUAUACGGGCUUCAACCUCGACGUUUGGGCUGAAGGAAAAGACUACGCAGCGAAGCUGGAAGACGGUGACGAGCAGCCGUGGCGCUUCGAGGAUGCCUCGGCUACCCGAGAGACACUGUCCACGGAGGGAGCCACCGGCGUUCUUGGUAUCAGGCUCGAAGGCAGUGGAUUUGACUCCAUCCCACGAAUUCCUGUGCACCGAGAGGGCGAGUUCCUGUAUAACCUCAAGCCCAAGCAGGAACGGGUGCAGCAUCGUAUCCUAGUUGAUGUUAGCCUUGGCACCGAUAACGUCAAGAACAUUACCUUCAGGUCUCCGCUCUUGGUUGAGAACAAUACCCAGAUCCCCAUCGAGCUCGGCAUCUACAACCCGAGCGAAGGCCAUCUGCUCAAGAUCGAGAAGGUGGCUCCAGGCGACGCAAGGCCAGCGCCAGUAGGUGCCGCCUUCCUGCACUCCAUCGUCGUCCGCCCAGAUCAAGGUUUCGGCUAUGCUUGGUCGAACGAGCGCCUGUUUUGGAAGGACUUGCUCAAGCGUCCCACAAGAACCAUCACGUGUCAAGGAGAGCAGGGUGACCAGUCGCCACCGUUCUUCUUCCAGUUGCACGCAUCGUUCGACAAAAAGGAUCCGCUUACGAGUGUGUAUCCGUAUAUGCGCCUUCGCCUCCAGGCGCCUGUGGAAGUGCAGAACCUGUUGCCGUUCGACUUCAAGUACAGGAUAUACGAUAGUAACACCAAGAAAGACUGGACGAACUUCCUCAGGAAAGGUGGUGUGAGCCCCGUCCAUGUGGUGGAGCUCUCGCACUUGCUGCUCCUCAGCGUUGAUAUGCAGGACACUCCGUUCAAGCCCAGUAAGUUCGGUAUCAUCAAUUCGACAGACCGGGAAAGCUUUAGGAGAGAGAAGACAUUGGAGUUGAAGGAUAACAACGACCUCACCCUCCACCUCAACAUGCACUUUUACAACUAUCCCGACGGCGGCGGAUCAUUUAAGGUGACCAUCUACAGCCCAUAUAUCAUCCUCAACCGUACUGGCCUCGAGCUGGAUAUCCGCGCGAAGCAGUUCAUGGGUCAAGCAAAAACCGCUGCCGGACAGGGGAUCUUUGCUGAUGCUGAAAACGACACUGGGAAAGCCAUGCCUUUCAUGUUCUCUUAUCCCACACAAGACAAGAAGAAUCGUGCACUCAUCAAGGUCGGAGAUUCCAGCUGGAGCAAACCGCAAAGUCUCGACGCCAUCGGAAGCAACUAUGCUGUGUCUCUUCCGUCGACGAAGGCAAGGUCUGAUAUGCACAUUGGAGUGAGCGUGGCCGAAGGUGAGGGCAAGUACAACCUGACCAAGGUCGUCACUAUCGCUCCUCGCUUCAUCAUCAAGAACAAAAUGAAGGAAGAGGUGAACAUCCGCGAGCCAGGCUCCUCGGAGUGGAUGUCGGCGAAGGAUGGCGAGCUCCUUCCUCUGCGGUGGCUCCGACAAGGUAGCGCGCCGCAACUAUCGCUAUGCUAUCCCGGCGUUAAUAAUCAGUGGUCUUCACCGUUUAAUAUCUCGAACGUUGGAAACGUCCACGUCAAGCUAUCCAAAGCAGGCCAGCGUCAGAAGCUAGUUCGUGUCGACAUCCUCAUGGAGCAGGCGACGAUCUUCAUCCACGUCAGCGUUGAGACCAAGCACUGGCCGUUCUCAUUUAAGAACAUGAGCGACCAAGAGUUCCUCUACUGGCAAGCAAAUCCCAACCUCGACGAGGAUGAGGAUGACCGUGGAACCGGUUUCCGCCCCAUCAGGUACCGUCUGCCGCCCAGGAGCAUUAUGCCGUACGCUUGGGACUUCCCGGCUGCAAAGAAUAAGGAGAUCAUUAUCAGUGCCAACGGAAGGGAGCGGCAUAUCAAGCUCGCGGAAAUCGGUAACCUGAUUCCACUCAAGCUCCCACCCGGCCAAGGCCAGAAUCGUGGGAAGAUCAUCGAUUUGAAUGUGGUCGCGAGCGGUCCGACGCAGACGCUGGAGCUGUCCAAUUACAAACCUUCAAAGAGCUUGUAUAAGCAGAAGUCAGGCACUGGCUCCUCUUCGACCACCGGUGGUUUCGAAGUGAAGGACGUAGACACGGACGUUACCUUCAAGGCGCAUCUGCGCCUGGCUGGCAUUGGCGUUUCCCUUGUCAACCGCCAAAUGAGAGAGCUUGUGUAUCUCACGUUGCGCGAUGUCGAACUGAAGUACUCUGACUCCGCGCUUUACCAAAUGGUCAAUCUCCAGGUGAAAUGGAUCCAGAUCGACAACCAGCUUUACGGCGGUAUCUUCCCGAUCAUAUUCUAUCCGAGUGUGGUACCCAAGACUGGAAAGGAGAUGGAAGCUCACCCCAUCUUCCAAACGAGCCUCGCCCGUGUCAAGGACGACUCCUACGGAGUGUUGUAUAUCAAGUACUUCACGGUUCUUCUCCAGCAGAUGACUAUCGAGAUUGAUGAAGACUUCAUCUUCGCUAUGCUCGACUUCGCCAAGAUCCCUGGGGCUUCCUGGUCAGAAGAGAAGGAGGGUAAGCUGUGGGACGAGUCGCUUGAUAUCCCUGAACCGAAGCAGGAACAGUCUGGCCAAGACGUCUACUUCGAGCUUCUGCACCUCCAGCCGAUGCAGAUCGACCUGUCGUUUGUUCGAACGGAGCGUAUCAAUGCCGAAGAUACCAUGACCUCAUCCAACCCGCUCAUGUUUGCCGUCAACGUCCUCACGAUGUCCAUCGGCAACGUCAACGAUGCACCUGUCCGAUACAACGCCCUGAUGCUCGAGAACGCCCGCGUCUCAACGGCUGCUUUGAUCUCUAAUAUCAAGAACCACUACGUGCAAGAGUCACUCCGACAAGUGCACGUCGUCAUUGGUUCUGCCGACUUCCUUGGAAAUCCAGUCGGUCUGUUCACCAACGUCAGUUCCGGUGUUGCAGAUAUCUUCUACGAGCCGUAUCAGGGUCUCGUCAAAUCGGACCGUCCGGAAGAGCUCGGUAUCGGCAUCGCCAAAGGCGCAUCCAGCUUCGUGAAGAAAUCGGUCUUCGGUUUCUCCGACAGCAUGGCCAAGUUCACCGGCAGCAUGUCCAAGGGUCUCUCAGCCGCGACGCUCGAUAAAGAGUUCCAGGACCAGCGCCGCAUGUCCCGCUCCCGCAACCGACCGAAGCACGCUCUCUACGGCAUCACGGCAGGUGGCAACGCCUUCGCCAGCAGUCUCGCCAGCGGCCUUGGUGGCUUGGCCCGCCAUCCUAUCGAAGGUGCAGAGAAGGAAGGUGCUCUUGGUUUCGUGAAGGGUGUCGGAAAGGGUCUACUCGGCGUACCCACCAAAGCCGCCAUCGGCGCCUUCGAUCUCGCCUCCAACAUGGCUGAAGGCGUCCGAAACACCACGACCGUGUUCGACCAGGAAGGCCUCGAUCGCGUGCGCCUAACGCGCUUCAUCGGCCAAGACGGUAUUGUACGGCCUUAUUCCCAGCGCGAAGCGCUCGGCCAGUUCUGGCUUAAGACGCUCGACAACGGGAAGUACUUCCACGAAGACUACCUCGCGCAUCUCGAGCUGCAAGGCAAAGACAUGCUCGUCAUGCUGACGUAUAACGGUAUCAUGCUGGUCCGAACGAAGCGCCUGCAGACGGAGUGGGAUGUCCCGCUUAAGGAUAUCCAGACUAUCAGUAAGGAGCGCACGGGCAUGAGCAUUACGUUGAAGGGCGGGACGAACGGGCCUUUCGUUCCGGUUGCGGAUGAGGGCAGCAGGAAUUGGUUCUAUAAGCAGGUGGCGGUGGCGGUUAAUGCGUAUAAUGAUCGGUGGAAUGCGAAGGGUUGAGCGAGGGCUGUCAGAGCAGAAAGAUUGAGAGGCUCAUGGUUAUGACG